AAAUCAUGGCCACCAAGUUUCUGCUGACGUUGGCAAUCUGCCGGUUGAUCGUGACCGUCGGAUUAACACUGGACCCCACCGAGCUGCUAAGCCUCGAGAUGGAAGGGCGGCUCAGCCUUGAGCCAUCCGACGUGGGAUCGGCUUCCCGUGACUUCGGCGGCAUGCAGAGCUCCGAGCCGUUGGCGGUUCUCCACCCGGCUUCAGCCGAGGACGUGGCCCGUCUAGUGAAAGCCGCGUACGAGUCGGCUCAAGGGUUCGGCGUCUCGGCUAGGGGCCACGGUCACUCCAUAAACGGGCAGGCCAUGGCCGGAAACGGGCUGGUGAUUCAAAUGAGCGGCUCAUCAGCGGGGGGGAGCCGUCGGCUCGGGCCACGUGUCUCGGAGGAGUUGAUGCACGUGGACGUUUGGGGAGGGGAGCUGUGGAUAGAUGUGCUGAGGUCCACCUUAGAGUAUGGACUCGCGCCUAAAUCGUGGACUGAUUACUUGUACCUUUCGGUUGGAGGUACAAUCUCCAAUGCAGGGAUCAGCGGACAAGCUUUCAAUCACGGCCCUCAAAUCAGCAAUGUUCUUGAGCUCGACGUAGUUACAGGGAAAGGCGAGCUGAUGACGUGUUCAAAAGAACAUAACUCAAAAUUGUACCAUGCUGUUCUUGGAGGGCUUGGACAAUUUGGUAUUAUUACAAGAGCAAGAAUUGCACUUGAAAAAACUCCAACAAGGGUGAAGUGGAUUAGGGUGUUGUACUCUGAUUUCGCGACGUUUACGCAAGACCAGGAGUACCUCAUAUCGUUGCACGGGCAGAAGCGUAAAUUCGACUACGUCGAAGGUUUUGUAAUAGUCGACGAAGGGCUAAUCAACAAUUGGCGUUCCUCGUUUUUCUCGCCGCGUAAUCCGGUCAAGAUUUCUUCUCUUAAUGCUGAUGGUGGUGUUCUCUAUUGCCUGGAAAUUACCAAGAAUUACCAUGAAUCCAAUGCUGAUACCAUAGAUCAGGAGGUGGAGGCUUUAAUGAAUAAGCUGAAUUAUAUACCAGCAUCGGUAUUCACAACAGAUCUUCCAUAUGUGGAUUUUCUGGACCGAGUUCACAAGGCUGAGUUGAAGCUCCGAGCCAAGAAUCUGUGGGAAGUUCCACACCCAUGGCUAAACCUAUUUGUGCCUAAAUCAAGAAUUGCAGAUUUCGAUAAAGGAAUUUUCAAGGGUAUUCUUGGUAAUAACACUAGUGGUCCUAUUCUCAUCUACCCCAUGAAUAAAAACAAGUGGGAUGAGAAGAGUUCGGCGGUGACACCAAACGAAGACGUGUUCUACCUAGUAGCGCUUCUUCGAUCGGCAUUGAACGACGGGAACGAGACACAAAGCCUAGAGUAUUUGAGCAAUCAAAAUCGAAAGAUUCUAAGAUUCUGCAAAGAGGAAGGAAUCGACGUUAAGCAAUACCUUCCUCACUACACCACGGAGCAAGAGUGGAGGAAUCACUUUGGGGAGAAAUGGAAUUUGUUUUCCUCGAGAAAAACGGAGUUCGACCCGAGGCGAAUUUUAGCUACGGGACAACGUAUUUUUACGCCCUCUCUUAAUCCCACUAGGGGAGCUUCAUGGUGAUUGAAAUAAAUAAAUGCAUGUAUAUAUAGAUCACAUAUUAUAUUCAUGUAAAUAUAGGCAAAAUGCAAGAAUAUUUUUUUAUUAGAAAUAUUAAUGCAAUAAUUUUUAAUAGGGU